AUGAUCGUGGACCAGCUGCUGGACGACAGCCGCGGCGCAGAGGGGCUGCUGGACGCGGCCGGCGACUGCGGCCUCAUGACCAGCCCGCUGAACCUGGCCUACUUCUACAGCGCGUCCCCGCCCGCCGCCCCCGGCGCCUGCGACGCCGGCUGCUCGGCCUCGGGGCCCUCGGCGCCCGGCUCCCCGGGCUCCGACUCCUCCGACCUGUCCUCCGCCUCCGCCGUGUCCUCCUGCGGGGCCGUGGAGUCCCGGCCGAGAGGCAGCGCCCGCGCCGAGCGGAUGCAAGCUGAGCCCCAUAUGGGGGUUGGAAGGCAGCAGAGAGGACCCUUUCAAGGUGUUCGUGUGAAGAACUCGGUGAAGGAGCUCCUGCUGCACAUCCGAAGCCACAAGCAAAAGGCUUCUGCUCAAGCCACAGAUGAUUUUAAGGCACAAGGUGUGAACAGAGAGCAAUUUGCAGAGUUGACAAACACUGUGUCGUAUAGUGGGAAAAGGAAAGGACCAGAUUCGUUGUCUGAUGGACCAGCUUGUAAAAGGCCAGCUUUGCUGCACACCCAGUUUUUGACACCACCUCAAACACCAACACCCGCAGAGAGCAUGGAAGAUGCUCACCCCAAUGAACCCAAGCAGGACAGCAGUGCCAAUCUGCUUCAGAACAUUAUCAACAUUAAGAAUGAAUACAGCCCGGUUUCCCUGAAUACUGUCCAAGUUAGCUGGAUGAGCCCUGCGGUGGUCCCCCAGGGCUCUCCCCGAGAGCAGUGCCAGGACUCCCGUGGAGGGCAGAUCUUCAGUCCACCUCAGAAGUACCAACCUCUGCAAGUCAGCAGCUCCCCACACAUGAUGGAUCAGGCUUCCAUGUACCAGUAUUCUCCUCAGAACCAGAACAUGCAGCCACAGUCGCAGCAGCAUUAUACCCACAACUCAGCUCUGGAAUACAGUCCUUAUUCCAGAACUUGCCAGUCUCCCAACUAUGAAGCAAACUUCUUUGGUGACCAAGCACUACAGUUCUGCACAGACCAAAGUUUUGCAUCCCUUUUAACGAGUCACGGGGAAUGUGAGAAUGUUGCUGUUCCCAUUCAGACUUCCCCCAGUGUUCAGCCACAAAAUGACGCCCAACUGCAGAACUUCAGCAUGGUGCCGCACAGUGCCUGUGAGGCCAUGGUGAGGCCUGAGGCAGGCUCUGUGCCUGUAAGCACCUCUCUGCCAUUCCAGAACAUCAUCGGAGACUCCAUGAACACCACCCAGUUAGGGAAGUCACUUUUUCAGUGGCAAGUAGAGCAGGAAGAAGGCAAACUGGCAAAUAUCUCCCAAGACCAGUUUCUUUCAAAGGAUGCAGAUGGUGACACGUUCCUCCAUAUUGCUGUUGCCCAAGGGCGAAGGGCACUUUCCUAUGUCCUUGCAAGGAAGAUGAAUGCACUCCACAUGCUGGAUGUUAAAGAGCACAACGGGCAGAGUGCCUUUCAGGUGGCGGUGGCUGCCAAUCAGCACCUUAUUGUGCAGGAUCUGGUGAACCUUGGAGCCCAGGUGAACACCACCGACUGCUGGGGGAGAACCCCUCUGCACGUCUGUGCUGAGAAGGGCCACUCCCAGGUGCUUCAGGCAAUUCAGAAGGGUGCAGUGAUGAGCAAUCAGUUUGUGGAUCUCGAGGCAACUAACUAUGAUGGCCUGACUCCUCUGCACUGUGCGGUCGUGGCCCAUAAUGCUGUGGUGCAUGAACUCCAGAGAAAUGAACAGCCACAUUCGCCUGAAGUUCAGGAGCUUUUACUGAAGAAUAAGAGUCUGGUUGACACCAUUAAGUGUCUGAUUCAAAUGGGGGCAGCCGUGGAAGCUAAGGAUCGUAAAAGUGGCCGCACAGCCCUGCAUUUGGCAGCUGAGGAAGCAAAUCUGGAACUCAUUCGCCUCUUUUUGGAGCUGCCCAGUUGCCUGUCUUUUGUGAAUGCAAAGGCCUACAAUGGAAACACUGCGCUCCACGUUGCUGCCAGCCUGCAGUAUCGGGUGACGCAGUUGGACGCAGUCCGCCUGUUGAUGAGGAAGGGAGCGGACCCAAGUACUCGGAACUUGGAGAACGAGCAGCCAGUGCAUUUGGUUCCUGAUGGCCCCGUGGGAGAGCAGAUCCGACGUAUCCUGAAGGGAAAGUCCAUUCAGCAGAGAGCUCCACCGUAUUAG